UGCAAUUUAAUAAUCUUGUUAAAUUGUAGCUACAGUGCUUUAAAACAUGUCCCUGAAAUCAGAAUUAGCUACAGACGUAGGACCAAAGACUGCUAGGCAAGUCCCUGCAUGCUGCUCAGCUCGCUACAAUCUCGCAGUCCUGGCCUGUUUUGGGUUCUUCCUCCUGUAUGCAUUGCGUGUUAACCUCAGCGUCGCUCUGGUGGAUAUGGUAGAACCUAACACAAGCUUAGCAAAGAAUGUGACUUCCAAUGUGUGUCCAGAGCAUUCUUCCACCAUGAAUGUUCCUCGCAACACAACGGGAGAAAAGUAUUCUUGGGAUGCUGAUACUCAGGGAUGGAUCCUUGGUUCUUUUUUCUAUGGCUAUAUCAUUACUCAGAUUCCAGGAGGAUAUCUUGCAAGCAAAAUUGGAGGCAAACUGUUGCUCGGGUUUGGCAUCUUUGGUACCUCUGUGUUCACCUUGCUUACUCCCUUAGCUGCAAAUCUGGGAGUUGGCUACCUCAUAGCUGUCAGAGCCUUGGAAGGACUGGGAGAGGGUGUUACCUUCCCAGCUAUGCAUUCAAUGUGGUCUUCUUGGGCUCCUCCACUGGAACGCAGCAAGCUCCUUAGUAUUUCAUAUGCAGGUGCACAGCUGGGAACUGUUGUGUCUCUGCCACUAUCUGGUUUAAUUUGUUACUAUAUGAACUGGGUUUAUGUGUUCUACAUAUUUGGUGCACUUGGUGUAUUGUGGUGGUUCUUCUGGAUGUUUUUGGUUAGUGAUACACCAGAAACCCACAGGAGCAUUUCACAUGCUGAAAGAGAAUAUAUACUGUCUUCCCUAAAAGAUCAGCUUUCUACACAGAAAUCUGUUCCCUGGAGACCUAUGCUAGAGUCCCUUCCACUCUGGGCUAUUGUUGUGGCACACUUCUCCUACAACUGGACUUUCUAUACACUUCUUACACUCUUGCCCACAUACAUGAAGGAGAUCCUGCGAUUUGAUGCACAGGAGAAUGGAUUUUUGUCUGCGCUGCCUUAUUUUGGCUGCUGGUUAUGUAUAAUUCUGUCUGGCCAAAUUGCUGAUUAUUUACGGGAAAAACAGAACUUCUCUACUGUUUGUGUUCGCAAAUGUUUUACCCUAAUAGGAAUGAUUGGACCUGCGGUGUUCUUAGUAGCAGCCGGAUUCAUAGGCUGCAACUACACGCUGGCUGUUGCAUUUGUGACCAUAUCAACAACACUAGGAGGAUUUUGUACAUCAGGCUACAGCAUCAACCAUCUGGACAUAGCACCUUCAUACCGAAAUGCAAAGGACAUCUGAGAUAAGAAGAAAAAGAAGACUGUCUUCCCCCUCUCCCACACCUAAUUUUUUGCAACUUGUCUGAACUUUGUUGGAUAAAAUGAUCGAGGCAAAAAUGCACAAUCUCAAGGAAACACUUGACAUAAUUGUAGAAAUCUAAAAACCAGGUCUGCAUAAAAUUGUGAAGGAAACCUCAAUAAAAAGUUUACUCAGAGCUCAAUAUUUAUUUUUCAUAAUUUAUUGAAAGACAUCAGAAAAAAAAUUAUUCAGAGCAGUUUCAAAAUGCACAAAUGCCCAUUUAAAUUGGUUAAAAGUAUUCUGCCAAGAAUAACAAAUGGCCCCUUUUUGCUACUAAAACUUGCAUUAUAUCAAAGAAAUAAUUAUUAUAUUAACAGGAAAAAAGUAAAUUAAAAUACUAAUGCUUAAUUAACAGCAAUAUUUGCUAUGUGCUUUUGGUUGCUAACAUAUAUUUAUUAUGCCAUUGGUGAAUUGGAUUGGGGAAGGGUUGAGGGAAGGAGGAGGCAAGAUACUUCUUUUGAAGAAUAUGUAUUAUAUUUUAGCUCUUUAAAUCUACAUUAGUACUCCUCUAUUAUUACAAAUCUUAAUAUUGGUGUUACUGUGAUCCCUGGUAAUAUUCAUGUGGCUCUGUUGUACACUAAAUACUUCACAUAGGUAUGUUUUUUUCACUCUUGAUUUUACUGCUUGACUGGUCUGCAAGUUAAUUUGGUAUUUGGUUAUCCUCACUAUGCCAUAAGGACAUGACUAACAGCUCACUAUUGGUUUUGCUCUGCAGACAUGCCACUUUUUGCUUUCCCUUUUCAUAUGGGAGUUUUCACUGUGCUAGGGGAGUGUCAUCACAGUUAUCUGCAUCAAACAGCGAGCACUAUCAAGAAUGCAACCUAUGUCAGAAACACUGGGCAUAAACAGAGGCAUUUAGCCAGCAAUUGGUUGCCAAAGAUCUUUGUCGACCAGAGAAACUAUUAAACUAUGUUUAGUUUUAAAAGUGUCUGUUAGCAGUAUUGUAGUGUUUAAACAUGUUGAAGACAAAGUGCAUUUGGUUCUACUUAAAGGCUUUAAACAGGGUUUUGUUUUAUGUGCUUAUUUUCCUAAGGGAAACUUUUACACUUUGACAUUCAGCUUCAUAAAGGCCUAUUAAUUCUAAACCACUUUUCAAGAUAGGAGGACUGCAUGCUAGGUUUAUAAGAAAUAAAGAGAUUUUAACUAAAACAUUGCCAUGCUUUAAACUGAUACGUAAUGUAGAGUUUCAAGAAAAAAAUCAACUAGUAGGCUAGAUGAUUGUUUCCCUUUCUCAGGAAAAAAACUACAUGUUUUUCUAAUAUUGGAAUAAAUAUUGCAAUCUUUUGUAACAAUGCUGUAUGGUUGAAUUCCCUGUUUUGGUAAAUAAAAUUUCAAAGCUAUGCAUUUCUCUUUAGAGAUGAAAUAUGUUUCUGUUGUGUUAAUGUUGGUGAGGACAUAAUUUUACUCUGAACAGCCAAAAAUGAUCACUGGGAUAUGAUUCCUUUCUACUGUGGUAAAAUGCAACUAUUAGUAUUUUGUAUGAUUCUUUGGCGAACAAGUCCACCUUGAAAAUCUAAAACACAGGGAUCUCUGCCCUGGUGGUUAGAAGGUCAAAGUUCUGUGGAACAUUUGGCUCUUAUUUCUCUUCGGUCUCUCUCACAAGUCUGCACUUGUGGUACAGUUUCAAACUUUCGGUAUUGCAACAUGCCUGUGAGAGAGAUCUUGAAUUGCUUGGAGAUGAGGUGCUGAGACUCAGAUAUUAAGCAAGUUACCAGCUUUUCCCAGCAAUUUUUUAUGGCCGCUGGUGCAUACACAUACAUUUGUGUGUGAGAGAGCAGCACGUUCAUGGAACAGGAGGCCUCAGAAUAGAGCUGCAGGAACAGCAACCAGCAAAACUGGUUUAGUCAGACCCAUUUCCCAUUGGCCUUGACCCACAGAAAGCUGAAAAGGACUGCUACAGCACUCUGAAUGCCUAUCUUUGGAAUAUACACUUUGUAAUGUAAGUGGGAAUAUCUAGGCACACUGCUGAUACUGCCUUCUUGGCAGACAAAUUUUUAGCAAUGAAACCUCAACCAGCUCUUACUGUUGGCAAACAGCACUUUGUCAUACUCCUUGUUGUCUUUCUGCUUCAAGACAUGCAAUGUGUCUUUAACUGCUCCACUGGAUCCAUUCCAGAUGGUUUGGUUAUGGCUUAGCAAAGGGAAUGUGAGCUUGGAUUGUGGAUCUUGAUCAAAACCAUAGGCAAUUUCAAUUAAAUUCCAUAACUAGCCUCUGAAAAAUGGAGACAUACAGAAUAAUUUAAAUAGAAAAGGAUCUUAGAGAUCAUCAUGCCAAGCAUUAACCUAACACUGCCAAGUCUACAGCAGUGUUAACACAGCACUAAACUCUGUCCCUUAAAAUAUAUGUGCCAAGCUGUCAGUAAAUUGUUAUUAGAGGAAAAGCAAGUCAUUUGCACUGGAUUAUUUGUGGUUUAAUUUCUCGUUUGAUCAAGAUGAAGCCUACGUGAUCAGGUUAGGCAAAAUUGUUUCCAUGAUUGAUAAAGCCUUACAAGUUAAUAAGCAGUGUUAAUGACUUCUC